UGAUCCAAAUCGCGCGGACGCAUUUGGUCUGAUUACAACAGAUGAUUGUGAUCAUUGUGGAGAAAUGAUCUUAGUGCAAAAAUGUGUUACUAGUUCUGAAGGCAAUGAGAUCUCAGAAUCAUCUAACAUGAGCUAUUUAACUGGUGGAAAGACUGAAACCAAUCUUCCAAAUCAAUCGGAAGUUGUUCUAUGUCAAGAUUUAAAUGGAAGAUUAGACGGGGUUGGCUCCGCAGUUGUUUGUGAUUAUACUUGUCAUAAUGAUGGACAAUCUGUGGAGGUGUCACAACUUUGUACUAGAGACUCAGAUGGGAUCUCCGGUUUGAACGCUGAUCCAGCUGCUAUAACUAAAAGUGCUAAGCACGAAAGUGAUAUGACCUUGGAAGAUAUGUAUAAUGCUCGGUAUAAUUUUGACGAGGAUGAUGAUGACAGUGACUGGGAACCAUCAGAAAAGCAAAUAGAAGUUCUGAAGUGGUUCUGUGUCAAUUGUACAAUGAUCAAUGUCGAGGAUGUUGGCAAUUGUGAAGUAUGUGGAGAACACAGAGAAUCUGGGAUACUCAGUCAUGGAUUUUUUGCAUCUCCAUAUCUGCCUUUAGAGGAUGUCAACCAAGAUGAGUUGCCUGUAACUGAAGAUUCUGAAGAUUCGUGCAAGCAAAGUUCUUUAUCAUCCUCCACUGCUGUAGGGUUUGAUGAGAGGAUGUUGCUUCACACAGAAGUUGUAAUGAAGUCUCAUCCACAUCCUGAGAGACCAGAUCGUCUUCGAACCAUUGCAGCUAGCCUUGCAACAGCAGGUAUAUUCCCAGGGAAGUGCUAUCCCAUUCCUGCAAGAGAAAUCACAAGGGAAGAACUCCAGAUGGUACACUCCGAGGAAAAUAUUGAAGCCGUUGAUAACACCAAGCGUAUGCAUGCCAGUUAUUUCACACCUGAUACAUAUGCAAAUGAACAUUCAGCAUGUGCUGCCAGGCUUGCAGCAGGUUUAUGUGCUGACCUUGCUUCAGCAAUUUACUCUGGACGUGUCAAAAAUGGUUUUGCUCUGGUUCGUCCUCCUGGCCACCAUGCUGGUGUGAAACAGGCCAUGGGCUUCUGUCUCCACAACAAUGCAGCAAUUGCUGCAUCAGCAGCUCAGGCGGCUGGUGCAAAGAAGGUGUUAAUAGUUGAUUGGGAUGUGCAUCAUGGGAAUGGCACACAAGAAAUAUUUGAGAGAAGCAAAUCAGUUUUGUAUAUAUCAUUGCACAGACAUGAGGGUGGAAGAUUCUACCCUGGUACAGGAGCUGCAGAUGAGGUUGGUUCAAUGGGUGCAGAAGGGUACUGUGUGAAUAUUCCUUGGAGCCGUGGGGGAGUGAGUGACAAUGACUACAUUUUUGCAUUUGAGCAAGUUGUGCUUCCCAUAGCUUUGGACUUUAAUCCAGACUUAACUAUCAUUUCGGCAGGAUUUGAUGCUGCUAGGGGUGAUCCCCUUGGCUGCUGUGAUGUAACUCCUGCUGGUUAUGCAUCAAUGACUCAGAUGUUGAGUGCAUUGUCAGGUGGAAAAUUGCUUGUUAUUCUGGAAGGCGGCUACAAUCUUCGCUCAAUUUCAUCAUCAGCUACAGCAGUGAUUAAGGUCUUGCUUGGUGAAAGUCCAACGAUUGACAUAGAAAAUACUGUACCUUCCAAAGCUGGACUGCGAAGUGUUUUGGAUGUUCUAAAGAUUCAGAUGAACUUCUGGCCUACACUGGAGGCAAACUUCACUAAAUUGCAUUCGGAGUGGGGAUCCUAUGCUUUUCAGGACACAAGAGAACAGAGUAAAAAAAGACGCAGGACUGGUUUACCAAUAUGGUGGAGAUGGGGACGAAAGAGGCUGUUGUAUCGCAUACUGUCCAAGCAGCUGCGUACAAAGUCCUCUUGUAAUUUUUCUUGUUGAUGUUGAUUCUCGUUGUAAGCUACAGGCAUUAGGUCUAGACUGUGUUGUUGUUUUGUAAGCCUGCACUACUGUUUCUUUUUUUCUUGUUUUGUUUAGUCAUUGUACCUCUUAACUAAAUCUCUCCCUUGACGUA